AUGACUGUCCCUAACCCCUCCCAACAAUCAUAUCUAUACGAGCCACUGGCACACAGGGAGAUCCGAAUCGUCCGUUUAUACCCUCUGACAAGCGACAACCAAAUUCGAUGUGAAAUCGAACGAGCCUCCAUCGAUCAGCACCCCGUGUACGAAGCUCUCUCGUAUACCUGGGGUAGCGAUACCAGCAGCAUUCCAAUUCAGGUCGGAUCCGGAUCCGUUAUAUCCGUCACAAAGAAUUUGUUUGUCGCCCUACACGCAUUAAGCCCUGUAGAGUCAGAGUCACCGAGAACUAUCUGGAUCGAUGCACUCUGCAUUAAUCAGGACGACCUUGCGGAAGUGAGUCACGAGGUGUCUUUCAUGAAGGACAUCUACACCCGGGCAAGUCGUGUUUUUGUAUGGCUCGGCCCAGCAGCGGACAAUAGCGAUGAUGUUAUGGACUAUAUGAGCACUCUGGAUGGAAUUCCAGACUUGCUGGAACAUAAGAAAUGGGUCUAUGCGGAUACUGGCUCAUGGGACUGGGGUGAGUGUAGACCCUGGCAGCCGCUCCCUGUUUCAUCGAAGAGCGUUGAUUCCUUUUUCCUUCGGCCGUGGUUUUCCCGGGUCUGGAUUCAACAGGAAGCAGCAGUGAAUCCGAAUACGGUUGUUCUGUGUGGGGGGAAAGAAGCGAAGUGGCACCAACUUUUCAGCCUGGCAUGGUCCUUCCAGAAACCGAGCAGCGAGGGAUUUGCAAAGGACACUCUAUCGAACGACGGACUCGCGUCGUCAUUGCUUGUUCUGAACAUUCAAAGCUACACAUAUGAUGACGUCCCCGCGCUCCUAAUUGAUAUUUUACGGGACAUUACGAUGUGCGGUGCGAAGGACCCGAGAGACCGGAUAUAUGCCGUGCAAGCACUUGCCCACGAUGAAGACCUGGACAAACUGAUGCUGGUGCCCGACUACAGCCAGAGUGUCGCCAGUGUGUACACCAAGCUAGCAGAGCGCUUUCUAGAGGUUCAAGGUCCUUUUAUUCUCUGCUGGGCUGGCCGCUAUCAUCAAGACCUCGAUGGCCUACCCUCAUGGGUACCGGAUUGGACAUUGGUCAAUAACGAGCUCCCUUCAAUUAAUUUCAAGGCUGCCGGUGACUCACAGGGAUAUUCUAAAGUCAACAAUGAGGACGGAUUGAGAAUUCUCUCGACCCAUGGUACUAUUAUCAGCUCCAUCUGCGCUCUGACGGAUCCCCCGGCCAUUUUUGUUCCGUUCCGAGACCAGAUGAGCGACCGCAUUAUCUUUGAAUCAUUUAGAAAGCACGUUAACGCGUGCGUGGAACUCAGUCAAACACGCAAUGGCGCUCCUCGGUCCGAAGAUAGCAAAAGAGCCCUUUGGCGGGUGUUGGUUGCAGACAACGACCGGAACUGGAGUCGUCUACCCAAGGACUACGGAGAAGACUUGGACACGUUCCCCGCCUGGCUCGCUUCGUUCGAAGAACAACAAACUCCCUCGACGAUACCUAGUUCGUACAUGGAACUCAUCGAAACCAUGGAUAUCAGGGGCGCCUUUUCCCGCCGGCGGUUGGCAAUCGACUCAAAUGGGAAUAUGUGCUUUGUUCCCCGGACAACGAUACUGGGUGAUUUGAUUGCAAUUGUGGCGGGUCUUGCUAUGCCGUUGGUGGUACGAUCUAUGGAGAAGGGAAGACUAGAGAUUAUCGGAGAAUGCUAUGUUCAUGAGUGCAUGGAUGGUGAGGCGUGGAGUGAGCCCAGUGGCAGUACUAAAGACCUAUUGUUCUGCUGA